AUGCCUUUUUACAACAAAGAUUUAGCGUGUGUAAGGGCGAAAGACCACUGCUCAAGGUGGCAUCGAGCAUUCACUGAUAAGGAAAGUUUGAUACGACAUUUAAAACACAACUCAAAACACUUUGUUCCCGAUGUACCCGAAAGUUGCAUUCACUGUGGAAGAUCCUUCUCAUGUACAGAAGCUUUAAUCCAGCAUCUAAACACUAACCGACAUCAUCUAAGAGAUCUGCAUCACGCCGCGUGUACUGGUAAAUUUCAAGUCGUUGAUAGCCUCAUGAGAAAUGAGUACGCCAACGAACCGGGAGAUUCCCAUCGACCUUGUUCGAAAUCCCAGGUGGGAUUCACGCCGAUGCACUGUGCCGCCUUCGGUGGUCACUACGAAUGCCUGAAGAUUAUGCUCAGUUGGUCAGAUGGGGAGCCAAAUGUUCCUGAUCCUAAGGAUGGUAGAACACCUGUCCAUCUUGCUGCUUGGAAGGGACAUGCCAAUUGCCUCAAGUUGCUACUCAUGAAUGGAGGCGACUUGCAUCGAGUUGACCAAAAUGGAGAUACUCCGUUAUCCUUGGCAUCCGAUCAUCAGGGCUGUUUGUCCAUAAUAUUAUUCCACCUUGCCGGUGAGUGGUGCACAUCCGAGCACUUAAUUAUAUGCUUAUUUUUCGUUAACUUCACUCUCUAAAUUCGUUAUCUGAUACAUCAUUUAUUUUCAGUAUCAUGACUUUAAAAUAUUUUUUCAAAUAAACCUGGGAUCUCAAAGUGAUCACCUUAAUAUAUCUAUCUCAAAACCUAAAAUUGUUGUCAUUCGUAGGUCAACGAACUAUGCGCCGGGCAACAGCUGAUUUUCAUUCACGACAGAAAUAUUUCCAAGCAAUUGAACAUGUAUUGAACAGACUUCAUCACCAAAAUAGUUUUCAGCAGCAGUUCAAUAUACUUCGUGUAGAGGAGGUCAUUGCAGACUGCGAGGGCAGUGAAAGAAGCCAUACUGGAAAUCAAGUGCAACCGUUUCAAUUAAACAGCAAAAUUGAAGGUAUUAAGUGAAAUUGUGUACACGUCUAUGAUGUUGUGGUGUGGUGUAUAACUACAGUUCCAGUCCACUUCCGUAAUCAGAUAUUUAUUAUGUGUAAUUAAUUGUUUUUACGGUUGGCCUGUAUUCAGUCAGUGAUAUUAGAGGUGAUUUUAUUGUUUCAAAAAGUGAACAGAACGUGAUACUUCUCGCAAGUAUAUGAUUAGGGGUGCAACGACCGUGGUGAAUAUAAGUCAGAGUAGAGCUUCCUAAGCCUCACUUUUGUUGAAUAUGGUAACGAAAAGCCACUUGAAGUGCUGUCGGAAAUCCUCAAGCUUCAUGAACCCUCGUCUUAAGCAUGGUACUUGAUAUUUUCUUUAUGUCUCAGUCAUUUCGGUAGGUAAACGCUGGACUCAAGUUAGCCACAUCCAGACACAUGAGUGAUCAUCGUUCGGAACCUACGUAGAUAAUAUUACCGAUCCAUUUAUCCAGCUAAGAGAGGAUAAAGCUCUCUGAUUCAACGUAAAAGGAAAAACAAAUUCUGCUCUUACCAAGUUGUUUUUUUUUUGUCUCGAAUCAGAACUGUGCAGUAAACCAUAUGAAGUUCUUGCCAGGGGAAAAGAAACAUUAGAAAUCUUCAACCAAGCCCUUCAUAAAGGCAAAGCGAAGGUGGCUCGACUCCAGCUCACAGUUAUUGGAGAUGUUGGGGUGGGAAAGACAAGCCUUGUUCGAAAUCUCAGAGGAGAGGAUUUUGUGGAAGAAAGAAUCGAGACCCGUGGAAUCGAUACGUCAAUGGUUGAGGUGACAGAACUUGAUGAUUCUUGGCAUGUAACAGACCUGAACAAUUCUUUUGUAGAUGAAAUUUUAACAGAUAGAAUUUGUGAAGGGUUCAAAAAUUCCAAUGAGGCAAAAGGGGGUUCAGCUGUGUAUCAAUCGAGUUUUUCAGAUCCAGGACCCUCGUUGCCAAGUCAGAAGAGACGCCAUCCACCUUCCAGAAGGCGACUUCCAAGCAUCGAAUGUGGUCCUGCACACCAAGAGGGUGAUACCAGCUCUGAUGAUGCUGAUGACCAAACAAGCCUGGUCCCCUUCACGAGAUCUAGAAGUGCGCAGACACCAACGAGAGAAAUACCGGUAGACCUAAUUACAAGGAAACUGAGAGAAGCUUCGCUGGAACUCAAAGAAAGAAAAUACAUCAAAUUAAGUAUUUGGGAUUUUGCAGGCCAUCCCUUGUACCAAGCCAUGCAUCACGUGUUUUUGAACAGACGCUCCUUCUACCUUGUCGUGACGAAUCUUACUCAACUGUGUGAUCCUAAGAGUAAAGACCAAGCUUUAAAACAGCUUCAUUUCUGGCUCAACUCUGUCCGUGUCCACACUCCUCAGACCACACCAGUGUUCCUGGUGGGAACGCAUCGCAAUGAUGUCAGCGAGCAAGACAUAACUAACGCGGAGCAACUUCUAUAUGAUGAAUUUGCUGCGACCUUUGCCCAACAAUUGGUCAAAAACCAAGAGAAGAAUUUUUUAUUCUCAGUAGAAAACACUCUUGGUAGAGAAGACGAGGGAGCUUUGCUAUUAAAGAAUACAAUCGAAGAAGAAGCCUCCCGCCUUAAGCUGAUGGAAGAGGAAUUGCCUGUCUUGUGGCUGCACUUUGAAGAAGAAAUUCUCAAGUGUAGGGAGAAGUCAGACUGCCCAGCCUGUGUAACUAAGGCUUUCCUCAAGAAAAUGCUAGUAGAAAGCAACUUUGAAGUCUCGGAUGAAACAUUUGAAAGUAUGCUGCGCUUUUAUCACGACAGUGGCGUGAUAAUCCUGCCAGGUAGGGGCUGACUGAAAAAAUAUCUUUGCUUACAAUAGCUGAGCAGUUCAGUGAUAACGAAAACAAGUAAGCGUGAUAAUAAAUUACACGUUUGAAGUAAGUCCCUUACCACGACAGCCCUUCGCUGAUCGUUGGUUUCUAAGGUGUCUAAGAAAAUAAGCUAAUGGAAGCGUUACUAACGAGACCUUCCCCAAAAUUCGAUGUUAGUCCAUUGCUGUUUUUCAUACCAUACUUUUUUAAGUUUACAUUUGCAAUUUGAAGUGGUUGAAGUAUUUGGGAAUAGCCAAGGUAUAAAGUAGCAAGUGCUUAGUGAAAAAGAGAACAUAUCUGAAGAACAUUACCAAAUUACCCCAAGGAAAUUUUUUUUUCAGGAGAGUUAAUCGGACCUGAGACGCAGAACAUUGAGAUAGGCAAUCUGGUAGUGAUAAAUCCCCAGUACCUGGUUGAUGUAAUGACCUGUCUUCAUGAUAUAGCAAAUCAUUUGGAUGUCGAUCGAGAGCAUCGCCCUCAGUGGCAAAAGCUGCAAAACCAGGGCAUGGCAGACAUAGAGCUUUUGCUUCAUGUUUGGAAAAAUUUUGAUGGCCCGGCCUCCGACCUAGUAGCCAUCUUGGAGGUCUGUGGUAUGCUGUGCCCUGUUUCAGCUUCAGCAAGAGUAGAAGAUCCCGAAGACCGCCGUGAGCACGUUGAGGGCGAGGACGUAAACACAGGGACAAGGGAGUUCAUCGUCCCCUUCCACCUCAAAGAGAAAACUCUGAAAAGAAAGUGGGAGAGGCUUUGUCUCAGAACCUGGCAGGCCAUUUGCAAUACGGAUAAAGUUCUGAUGUUUGAUUUUCUUGGUUUUCUCCCCCCUGCCCUUUUCCAGUACUUCAUCGUUCGCACAGCUGCAAAGAGUAAGAGCAGCAGUGGCAUGAGGCCAAUCAUAGCAAAGGAGAUGGCCAUCUUCUCGUUUGGUGACAGCUUCUUCUUCCUUGCGGAGACCUGCCCAAAGUUCAACCAGAUUAAAAUCAGUGCAAGGCAUGUUGAGUUACUUUACACCUGAAGUUCUGUGUACCCCGUCAAUCAGUGUAUUUCAUUUCCUGUUUAAUGCCUUUGCUUAAAAGAAAAAUGGAAAUAUGGUCCGUUGAUUUUUCAAUGCUUUAGUGGCUGUAAGUGAAUUUUCUGUUAAUGGAACGAGAAAUAUGCCUCUUGCUCUAUGCACUGAUAGCUUGUAAUUUCAUAGUAUCUCUCUUGGUCGCUUUUGUGCCUUGAUUACUGACUCUUCCACCAAACUUUUGCACUCUUUACUGCUGCCUGUUCUGGCCAUUACCACGUUUUCGCUGCACAAUGAAUAGAAUGAAAUGAAAAUAAGAAAAAUAACGACGGUUUUCUUUUUCACUCAUUAGGUACAAGAAUGGAAAGAAGUUACAUGAAUUGUUCAACAUGCUAAUGACAAUAAUGUCAGAAAUUUGUCAACACCAGUUUAGGUUCCUUAAGUUUGGUUUUGGCCCACUCUGUCCCAACAAACGUUGCCCAGGUACCUCUUUCGAUGGCAAGGUUGUCAAAACAGACUGGUCCUCUGAUGAGAGCGAUGUUGAAUUGGAUGGAAACUCCACCUGCGAUGAGGCAGAUGACAGUCUAGUCUCAGGGGAAAUUCGUCCUCACGUAAUCUGCAUUGACCCUGCAGUGUCGUCUCGCCCUUUGUGGUGUAACAGCACAUCAGUCCAUGAGUUUGAAGAAAUCAAGGAAUGGCUUGUAAAGGUGACGACAUAUUGAAUAUUUAACAAUUGCUUAUGACCCUUUCUUUAAUAUAGCCAAAAAUGCACCUAGGGGGCGGGGUUGUAAGUUCGGUAUGACCACUUGCUAGACAUUAGCCCUAAUUAAAUAGACGAGUCGACCGACUGAUGUAUGGCCUGUCGGGUUUGAAUAACAAACCCUGUCCGUGUAGACUUAACAUACAGGUGGAAGUACAUUAAUCAUUAUCGUUUGAUGAAUUUUUCAAAAAAGGGGAAAAUAACUAACUGGACUAUAGUAUCUUUAUUAAAGGUAGUUUUUUGGCGUGUGUAGACUGUAGAGAGGUUAGACAUCUACUUGUAGUUAGCUUUGAUGAAUUAUACUUGCGUACCAACGAUUUGGUAACGGCUUACAUUAUUUGCAGCCAGCUCAUCUACGAAUAUAAACCUGCUUUAAACUCUAACCUAAACAGCCUAAACUCGUUUUCUUUUUAUCCUUCCAGCCCCAAGAUACUGUAUGCAAAGUCCCCGAAGCUUCUCCCUGUUAUUCAAGUGAGUAAAUUGCCAAUUAGACUACCGUAAAUGUUAUUCAAAACCCUGAGACCAAAAUUGCCCCUAAUUAGACUACCGAUAAUUUAUCCAUUCAAUACCCUGCGCCUGCCUUAUAAUUAUUUCCUUUCAGACCAAUGUUAAAAAUUUUAUCUGGGACCUGAAAGAUACUUCUGAACGACGGCGGUUAAAUUUAUGAGAAAAAUGGCGGCAAAAUAGCCUGGAAAACGGCGAAAACGCCGCCACCUUCGGGGAAAACAAAUUAAAAAUAGAUUGAGGACGGGCGGUGGGUUGGAGUGCUCGCCCCUUCGACGAAUUAAGAUUGAGCAGGUUGGGUUGAGUGCUGACCGGACGAGAGGAUAAAGUAAUGCUUUCGUGUUUUAAUUCCAUAAGUCGUGAAGUUUUGCUUGAUUGAUACCUUAACGAUCUUUAAUUGGAAGAAAAAUUUGUGCUGCCGGCUAUUACUCCAGUUUCUCUAAAAAAAAAAUUUCCGAAUUUCUUCGAGGGAAACUUUUUCGCUUUCCGUUGUGAUCGGAGUUCAGUUUAUCAAAAUAUUUGUUGCCAGACUUUUUCGAUCUUUCCGUUGUUCUAGAUCUUGUUUUUUUUCAAAACGAUGUGAUACCGCUCCAUCGCUGAACUGAAAGUUAUAGAACAAAAUAAAAUUAUAAAACGUUAAUAAAUGAACCAUGGCGUCUUGUUCAAGAUCUCAAUUUUCUCCACACAUGUUCAAGUUUAUUACAAGCCUAGAUUUUUUUUUUUCGUCAACAAUUUUUUUAUUCGACUUUAUAUACUUUAUAAACUCAAACACUAUCCUAAAGCGAGAACGUUGUUUCCCGUUGUUGAAAUUUUUUAUGUUUGUCAAGCAGUUAUAGUGUUAUGUCCCUAUUUGUUAUCUGUCGAACGUCUCAGCACUUUCAUUCUCAGUUGCCGCCAAAACACUGAACCCAAAAGGCUUGAUAGCAAAAAAAUAAGAGGCAAUCUUGAGAGAACACCUCACUAAAAACACUUAAAUGUGUCUCAUUAAGUAAAACGGAUCGAAAAUCCUGUACGAAAAGCAAUUUCUGCACUGAAAACAAGAAAACCAACUCACCGUUUUACGAGGCGGCCAAACUUCUAGUUUUCACCUUCGCGACUUCAGGUUGACGUUGUGGCAUUAUGCUAAUUAGUUACAAGAAUUGAACAUUUCACUUCCGGUUGACGUCCUCCUCGGCCGCGUCCAGAGUAUCUUAAGGUCCGUAAUGAUUUAAUAAGCGGCGGGGCUCUAAUUUGGGUAUUUGCAAAUUAACGCCCCACCUUUGUUACGGUACUUGAUAAAGAGAUAUCAAAACCAUAUCGCUUGAGAAAUAAGACCUCGACCAACUCGUGAGGGAAACUCUUGAAACCGGGUUCAUGUAACAGUUCGAGUUGUUCAUAUUUUAUAUUAAAUUUGAAAAAGAGAAACUAAAUGAAUUAAGUAAUGGUCCAGAUAAGAAGGAAAGGACCAAAACGCAGUGAACACGUCGGAAUGCAAAAAGGUUAACUAUUGUCUCUACUAAGGUUCUGAUUGGUUUAAACAUCAAAUUUUACGAAAUCUUCGCAAAAGACCAAAUCAACUUCCUUAUAACAAAAUCUCGGGUCAUGAAAUCGAUGUGCUCUGGGAACAUUUCUUGGCCAUUGUUUGCAACUCUUGUGAUUGAAAAUGUUUUAACAAAAAAAUACCCCCUUAAAAAGUUUAAAUACAUUUUCUUUCGAGACUUUUUGUAAAUGAAUUAAAAAAUAAAACAAGAAGAAAAACAAUAGAAAUUGCACCUGGAAAAAUAGCAAAAAGAAAACACACAAAAAAGACACCUCGACCUGUCUUUGUAGUAGACUGAAGUAAGGCACAAUUUAUACGUCAACGGAGGGUGCCAGUCUGUCCGUCAAACCAUUGUAGCAAACCGCGGUAAAAAAAAACACUCAUUACCCUGCGAACAGAUGUUUUUAUUUCUUGCAUGGCUGUUAGCGUUUACGAAGUUGUUCGCGUCGCUCAUCAGUCGCGUUUAAGUAAGACAACCUUAAAGCAAGGGGCACACAUUCAACAACCCACACCCUGGCCAGUACCUCACGUAUGCGCACAGCUAUAUCACCCGGGCAUUAGUAGUCGGUUUGUUUUACACGCCCCGGGGUCAACAGCCAAAUCGAGUUCUCAAACAGCUACACUUGCAGCACUAUUUCAACAGUCAUAAAUUACCUCAAGAGAAUUGGGGGGUGAUAUAACUUAACUUCGUUUGGGAAAACAGCGCUUUUGAGAAGAGGUAAACGAGGACUCUAAGAAGGAGGAUGGGGGUUCUUCUGAAAUUUUUGUAGGUAGUAUAUUCCACUUUGAUAAACUGUCGAAUUAAAAACGAAUAUUUUAUUUUCGAUUAAAACAGAACAAGUUAACCAAUGCUGUCAGGCUUUAGUUGCCAAGCUAAUGGGUAGCAAAUGGAGGUGGCUUGGUAGGUCUCUAGGCGUCGAAGAGACAGUCAUUGAGAACAUUAAGACGGAGAACGACUCACAGGAAGAGUGUGCCUUUCAAGUCCUGCGAAGUUGGCAGCUUUCAAAGGGAUCCAAAGCUACUGUUCAUCUGCUGAUGAAGGCUAUUGAGGAAAAUGGUAACGUGAAAGCCAUGGAAGCCUUUGAUCGCCACCUGGGUGAGCUUCAUGAAGAGGAAACAACUCAAGAUAGUCCCUGCAGAUAA